AUGGGUCGCCGACCUGUGCAGCGGCACCUGGCCGCCGCCGGUCAGGUGGACAUCGACUACAGCGUGCACUCGGCGCACACGUCGGUCGGCUCUGUCGUCACGACGCCCGGCUCGUUCCCGCGCAAGACCACCGUCUCCAGCACGUUCGAAACGGACAGCGACUACGUCCAGAUCGAGCAGUUCCAGCGCCAGCUGCUCUCCAACUCAGAUUACGUCAUGUACCCGCUGAAGGACCCGGGCAUCAGCCGGCAGGAGUACAUGGACGCCAGGCGGUUAGUCAGCUCGGGUCUAGACGCCUCAAACCAGCCCCUACUUCAGUUCAGCCUACGGGUCAAGUUCUACGUGGAGUGUCACCUCCUUCUCAGGGAUCAGGUCACCCGGCACCACUACUACCUGCAGCUGCGGGAGAACGUGCUGGCGCACGGGCAGGCGUGCAGCCGGGAGUUGUGCCUGCUGCUGGCCGGCUGGGCGUUGCAGGCUGACCUCGGCGACCGACCACUUCACGCCGGCACCCAGUACUUCCGGCCGGCCGACUACUUCCCCGACUGGCUGAUUGGUCAGGCGGGCGCCGAGUCCAUCCUGAACAGCACGCCAGCCGUACACCGGCACAACAGGGGCAUGUCCAGCGCGCAGGCCGAGCUGGCUUAUAUCAGGGAGGCGUCGGCGGUCGAGGCGCCCUUCAACCUGCACCUGUACCGGCUCAGGCGCCGGAAGUCGGACACUUCCGGCUCCGUUCUGCUCGGCAUCUGCCCCAACGGCGUGGAGCUGUAUCAGGAGGAGAAGAACAGUGUUAGAAAGCUGAUUGCGUCUUUUAUCUGGACAAACAUCGGCAGGCUCGGCUUUGAGAAAAAGAAGUUUGAAAUCAGUGCCUUGACCCAGAAGUUCACUUUCUACACCACGGACGACGAGAAAUCCAAGCAGCUGUUCCACCUCUGCAAGGAGACCCACCUGUUCACGCAGUCAGCUCAUGACCGGCUCGCCCUCAUCCAGCAGCGUUCAGAAGAAGAGCGGCGGACGCCGGCGAGCUCGCUCCGGCGCCCCCGUGACCUGCGCCCGGGCUGGGAGUACCUGCAGACGUCGGCCGGCGACGCCGAGCAGCGGGUCUCGGUCGUCUCCAGCACCUCGUCCAACGCCACGUCCGGCGUCGUCUCGGACCGGACCGUGCCGAGCCUGGACGACAGCGACGAUGACCUGCAGGCGGAGCUGCUGGCCGGCUGCGGGGCGGCCGAGUCUGCCGAGAGCGGGGGUGGACGCUAUGACUCGCUCCCGCUCGCAGCUGGACGCCGCCUCCCCGCGAUCGUCCACAGAGAUCCUCCGCCGCGCCGACCUGUGCAGCGGCACCUGGCCGCCGCCGGUCAGGUGGACAUCGACUACAGCGUGCACUCGGCGCACACGUCGGUCGGCUCUGUCGUCACGACGCCCGGCUCGUUCCCGCGCAAGACCACCGUCUCCAGCACGUUCGAAACGGACAGCGACUACGUCCAGAUCGAGCAGUUCCAGCGCCAGCUGCUCUCCAACUCAGAUUACGUCAUGUACCCGCUGAAGGACCCGGGCAUCAGCCGGCAGGAGUACAUGGACGCCAGGCGGCGCAGCAGCUGCUGCCAGACGCAGCCCCGAGCCGGUCGCUGGUGUCCGUCAGCCAAUCAAGCCAGUCCCAGCGACAGCGGCGCCAAACGCUGA